GUAGCAGCUUCUGCCACGACCGUUCUGCGUGAAUCUUUCUCCCUCCCAGGCUUGAGUUCCAGUUUUCGUCCACAGCACUGUUCGUCCAGCUCAUUUACAGUGUGUGCGGUCGUCCUCAUUCAACUCACACUAUCGAGAAGAGAGAACAGCCAUUUGAGAACUUCUGACUUCUGGGUUUUUAGCAUUUUGGGUUGUCACAAAAUGAAAUAAAGCGUCAAAACAUCCAGAGUCAUGUCGUACUCCGCACCACGCUCAAAGCUUCGCAGCUUUAGUCAGGUCCCUAAAAUAAAGGGGAAGCAAUGUACUGUGAUAGGUGGAUGUGGUUUCCUUGGACGUCAUCUUGUAGAAGGUUUACUGGAGAAAGGAUAUACAGUCAAUGUUUUUGACAUCAAAGUUACAUAUGAAGAUAACCGUGUCAAAUUCUUUGUGGGGAAUCUGUGCUCCAAGAAGGAGCUUCUCCCAUCCUUUGAGGGAUCAGAAGUCGUCUUCAACUGUGCCUCUCCUCCUCCUUCCAGUAAUAAUAAGGAGUUGUUUUACAAUGUCAACUUCAAUGGAACAAAGAACAUAAUUGCAACCUGCAAGGAAGCUGGUGUUAAGAAACUAGUGCUUACCAGCAGCGCCAGCGUAAGUUAUGAAGGCAAAGACAUCAAGAAUGGCAGUGAGGAAUUACCAUAUGCCGGUCAACCCAUAGAUUACUACACAGAAACUAAAAUCCUACAGGAAAAGGUCGUCCUAGAAGCAAACAGUGCAGACUUUCACACCGUUGCCAUCAGACCUCAUGGCAUCUUUGGACCUAGAGAUCCCCAGCUUGUACCAACUCUGGUUGAGACAGCUAAAGCUGGCAAGAUGAAGUUCAUGAUUGGAGAUGGCAGCAACCUAGUUGAUUUUACAUAUGUUAAGAAUGUUGUACAUGGACAUAUCUUGGCUGCAGAGAAGCUCGGCAAAGAAUCAGUAGUGUGUGGAAAGUCUUAUCACAUCACGAAUGAUGACCCCAUUCCUUUCUGGGACUUCAUGAGCCUCAUCUUAAUUGGUCUGAACUACCAGCCUCCUAAAUACCAUCUCCCAUAUGCUCUCAUCUACUACCUGGCUGUCUUCCUUCAACUUCUUGUAUGGAUCCUCAGCCCUCUGGUGACCUUGAAAAUGACCUUUACCCCCAUGAGGGUCGCACUAGCCGGAACAUACCAUUAUUACAGCAGUGAGAGAGCCAAGAAAGACAUGGGGUAUAAACCUUUAGUGGGACUUGGGGAGGCAAUCCAGAAGACAGUUGAAAGUUACCCUCAUUUGAAAAACAUCAAGAAUUAACAACCAAAUGUGCAAACAAUUAAAAAUGGUUUUAAUCUACUAUUUAUACUGCGAUCCUUGUGUUUCAUCAAAUCUAUGCAGCCUGAUCUGUACAACGUGCCGUGGUGCACUUUAUAGUGCACUUCAUUAUUGAUGUUUUAUUUAUCGGUAGUAAAUCAAUUCACAUAUCAUACCAAACUGCAAACUUUUCAUUAAAUUAGGUGGUGCAUUUACAGUUCUUCUUUUGAUAUGACAAAAAGAAAUGCACUUUAAAACAGUGCACAAAAUCUAUGGCAGAACCUUGCAGCAUUAUUCAAAGUUUCUCAAAAACACGUCUGCCUACUUUGAAGAAUUCUCUAUAGGUUGGAAGAUGGUGUGUUUAUUUGAAACUAGAGAGCACCAGGGACUUUUACUGAUGUACUUGUAUUGUAAAGUACAGUUCAUAUGAAAAGCAAACACUGAAUUUGUUGCUUCAAAAAAAGAGAAACUGAUGUUAUUCUUUCAAAGAAAAUGGCAAGUUUACAAAAGACUUGAAUUGCACUGUGAAUGAGGCCUGGAGAAACCCUAACACAAAUUUCGAGUCAAACUUGUAACUACAUUUGAUAAUUAAAGAGUAAAGGAUAUUUUUACAGAAUGUUCAAAGCCUUGAACACUUCAAUGCCUUCCAUUAACCGACUUAUAUUUAUAUUACAAAAUUGCUGGUUUAUUUAUUGAAUGAAAAUCAACAUAAAAUAAUUAUACUUUCGGUGUGCUAUUAUAAGAAAUGAAUUAAACAACCAAUCAACCAUUGCAAUAAAGAUUAA